AUGCCCAAGUUUAAGCAACGAAGAAGGAAGCAAAAAGCCAAAGCCAAAAGACUAUUCAAGAAAAGAGAAGCUUCUCGAUUUCCAUCCAAGCUGGUUACACCUCCCUCGCCCCCACAGUCACCAGAAAGAGUGAUUAUUCCUCCAACAGACGUACCCAGUAGCAGACGCUGGCUCAGGUUAACCUGUAACUUCAGUUUUCCCAAUAUUAAAGAUGCAGUAAGACUUUGGACAAAUAGAGUGUGGUCUGUAUAUAGCUGGUGCCAGAACUGCAUAGCCCAGACUUUAGAAAUAUUGAAAGAUACCAUUUUUCCAUCCUGUGUCUAUCGUCAAGAACUUCACAGUUUAAAACAACGGUUUUGCAUUUUAGAAAGUGAAUUCUGCAAGCUCCAGGAAGCACUGAAGACCAUCUCAGAAAAUUCUUCUGGCUCAUGCUGUUGUCAAACAUGUCACUUGAGUGGUAAACUUACCAAUGCGCCUGCCUGUGAGCUCACCACCCCUGGAGAAUCCCGAGCUGCGCUUCCGCCCACAUUGCCUCAACCAGCCAGCCAUCUUCCUCCUCCUCCACCACCACCACCACCGCCACCUCCUCCUCCACCUCCUCCGCCUCCUCCUCUUCCUCCUCCUCCAACACCCCUAGCACCAUUGCUGCUCAGAAAAGCUGAUCGCACGAAAUCACUUCAGGCUGGACCAAUCAAAAGAGAUGGACCCAUGCAGAUAACAGUUAAAGAUCUACUGACUGUGAAAUUAAAGAAGACACAAAGUUUUGAUGAAAGGCAGAAGCUUGGACCAUCUCCAAAGGCUCAGAAUCCCCUUAUUACCGUCUCUGACCUGCAGCGUGUCACCCUGAAGCCUAACUCCAAAGUAUUAUCAGCUCGAGUUACUAAUGUCUUAAUAACUCCUGGUAAAAGCCAAAUAGAUUUACGGAAACUACUUAGGAAAGUCGACGUGGAGAGGAGCCCAGGUGGAACCCCUCUUACUAAUAAAGAAAAUAUAGAAACAGGAACUGGACUGACCCCAGUAAUGACCCGGGCCUUGAGGAGAAAAUUCCAGCUGGCUCACCCCAGAAGCCCAACUCAAGCUCUGCCACCUUCUACAAGCAGCUUUGAUGAACAAAACUGA